AUGUCGGACAAGCAAGCUUCUGCCGGAGCCGAGGGCGGUGCCAGUGCCCCCGAGAGAAAGAAGCCUCAGAAGCUGGGCCAGAAGAAGCCUCAACAGCAGCCCACACCCGACCAGUCGGAAGGAGACGGUGGUGCCGAUGCUGAGGCAGAGGCUGGAGGAAACGCAGAAGCCGAUGCCAGCGCCAACGCCGACGGAGAAGAAGAAGCCGAGCCGGAACCUCAACAACAAAAGUCACGUCAAGCAUCUCAAUCUCGCCGACGCCAAAGCCGUGGUCGCGGCCGCCGCGGACAGGAAAGCGACACCGAAUCAGUUGCCAGAAGUGAUGCCUCUGCAAACGGUGGUCGCCGUCAACGUCAACGUCAGAAGAAGCAAGGAGGCGGUGGUGGUGGUGGUCCCCUGGACGACAUUACCGAGAACGUCCCUGGAGGUGACGCAGUCGGCGGAGCCGGCGAGAUGGUUCAGAACACUGCCGGACAGGCCGUCGACCAAGUCGGAAAUACUGCUGGUAACGCACUCGGCGGUCUGACCGGCGGCGGCAGCCAAAAGCAAGGUGGUGGUGAGGAAGAGGAAGACGGCGGCAAGGGCGAGCAACUCCGUCUGAGACUGGAACUCAACCUUGAUAUCGAGAUUCAGCUCAAGGCCAAGAUUCACGGUGACUUGACUCUUGGACUGCUGAACUAA